GAAGAGGCGGGGCGGAGCGUGAAUGACAGGCGGAGGGAUCCGGCCGGGCGGCGCUGCGGUGGAGCGUUCGCAAACCCCUUGACGCCGUGCCGGCCCGAGAGCGCUCAGAGAGGGAGAGACUCUCCGAGGGAGCUGACGUCGUGAGCCGGGCCGGUUAGGAAAAAAUCAGCCAUGUCUAAACCCCAGGAUGCCGGAACUGCUUUUGUUCAGACCCAGCAAUUGCAUGCUGCCAUGGCAGACACAUUCCUGGAACACAUGUGUCGCCUGGACAUCGACUCUGAACCAAUCACUGCAAGAAACACUGGCAUUAUCUGCACAAUUGGCCCGGCUUCUCGGUCAGUGGAAAUAUUGAAAGAAAUGAUUAAAUCCGGAAUGAAUGUUGCCCGUCUCAACUUCUCUCAUGGAACCCAUGAGUACCACGAAGGAACCAUCAAGAAUGUGCGAGAAGCCACCGAGAGCUUUGCUUCUAAUCCCAUUACCUACAGACCAGUUGCGGUUGCAUUGGAUACCAAAGGACCUGAAAUUCGUACAGGACUCAUCAAGGGUAGCGGCACAGCAGAAGUAGAACUGAAGAAGGGGGCCGCUCUGAAACUCACCCUGGACAAUGCCUACAUGGAGAAAUGCGAUGAGAAUGUCCUGUGGGUGGACUACAAGAACAUCACCAAAGUUGUCGAUGUGGGCAGCAAAAUCUAUGUGGACGACGGACUCAUUUCACUGCAGGUUAAAGAGAAAGGUGCCGACUAUCUCCUAACCGAAGUGGAAAAUGGUGGAAGUUUAGGCAGCAAGAAAGGAGUCAACUUGCCAGGUGCUGCAGUGGACCUUCCUGCUGUUUCUGAGAAGGACAUCCAGGAUCUGAAAUUUGGCGUAGAGCAGAACGUGGACAUGGUGUUUGCUUCUUUCAUUCGCAAAGCAGCCGACGUUCACGCUGUCAGAAAUGUGCUGGGGGAAAAGGGAAAGAACAUCAAGAUAAUAAGCAAGAUUGAAAACCACGAGGGAGUGCGCAGGUUUGAUGAGAUUUUGGAAGCUAGUGAUGGCAUCAUGGUAGCUCGAGGUGAUCUUGGUAUUGAAAUCCCAGCUGAAAAAGUCUUCCUUGCCCAGAAAAUGAUGAUUGGUCGAUGCAACAGAGCUGGCAAGCCAAUUAUCUGUGCUACUCAGAUGUUGGAGAGCAUGAUUAAGAAACCACGGCCAACACGUGCAGAAGGAAGUGACGUAGCCAAUGCUGUUCUCGAUGGCGCAGACUGUAUCAUGCUGUCUGGGGAGACUGCCAAAGGAGACUACCCUCUGGAGGCCGUUCGUAUGCAACAUCUUAUUGCUCGCGAGGCCGAGGCCGCUAUCUAUCACCGUCAGCUGUUUGAAGAACUUUUCCGCAUCACUGCUAACAACAGGGACCCCGCUGAUGCCAUGGCUGUAGGCGCUGUGGAGGCCUCUUUUAAGUGCUUAGCUGCAGCUCUGAUAGUUUUGACAGAGUCCGGCAGGUCUGCUCACCUAGUGUCAAGGUUCCGCCCGCGUGCUCCUAUCAUUGCCGUGACCCGUGACGAGCAGACAGCCCGCCAGGCUCACUUGUACCGUGGCAUUUUCCCUGUGCUGUGCAAAGAGCCUACCCACGACGCCUGGGCGGAAGACGUCGACCUCAGAGUUAACCUGGGCAUGAAUGUUGGCAAAGCUCGUGGAUUCUUCAAGACUGGCGAUCUGGUGAUCGUGCUCACAGGAUGGCGUCCCGGCUCUGGCUACACCAACACCAUGCGCGUGGUGCCCGUUCCCUAAACAUCACGGCCGGCAAUGUCACCUCUUCCCUACUGUCUUGGCACCUUCCCCUCGCAUUAGACCAGCAUUUGCUUGCAGUAUCGUCCUUGUCUGUAGAGGCUGCCCAAAUCCACCGAGUGCAGUAACUGGGGGAAGAGUCUAAAUCUAGAAAUACUUGAAAGUAGUCCUCUGGAACGCAAAACGUUGCCCGUUUCUUCCCCUUCCUAGGCUGCCCUGCUUUAUUGGUUGGGAGCGCCCCCACCCCUUAGUAUGUCUAGCAUAGUAACUUGGGCUGCUGGGUGCCCUGCUACUUCCAAAAGUGCAGAGCCACUCCGCAGCAAAGGUGCUGGUCUGGCCGGCUGGCGUUACCUGCCAUUCCGCGUCUCGCCUCGAGUCUCCUUUCUGUAGUCUGGAUUCCACCCGAACACUCCAACUGAGAGCGACGCUCGACCGCGGCUCUUGCUGCUCUUGUCUCGUCCCUGUGGAUAGGCAGAGCUCUCAUACACUUUAAUCUAAUCUCUGCCUUGCAAAUCACUUGGAUAUCUAAAUGUACACUCCGGUAGGCAGUAUAGAAGGCAGUACUCGCUCACCCCUUUCUAUGUCCCGGAAAACCACCACUCCGACCUGGCUCUUGUAUCGUCCCCUGUGGCAUAGCUGAAGGAGGACGACGGAAAAAAGUAUUUUCUUCACGGGGGAGGGAUCUUUGCGCCAGGAGUCACUCCAGCUAAAGAUUGUCUCAUAUUACACAAUGUAACAGGAAGUAAUUAAACCCGACAGAUCCAGUAUACGGUACUGAGAGGGCAGAGCAAGCACGGUCGGCUCCACUCAAUGCACUCCCACGUCUCCAGCUGCUAAGAGCUGCUUGUACGCCUGUUGUGGUGUUUGUUGUGUUUGUGUCCGAGUUGAGCCACGUUUCCUGAGAGCGCUAUCCUUGGCAACAUCUGGAUACGUUACCUCCUGUAACAGGUGAACCUGGUUGUAGAGUACAACUUUGCACAACAAUAAAGCAGAGCUCACACACCUA